AUGGGAGAUCAGAACAAUUCAGACAGACACUGUAGUAAGGGAGUGUGUCCAGCAGGGGCGCUGUGGGUCUGUGCUGGCUGUGGAGGAGCCAUCAGAGACCCUGUGGUGCUGUGCGUGGGGCCUGAUCAGCGGUGGCAUGCCAGCUGCCUGCGCUGUGCUGAGUGCAGAUGCCCCCUGGAGGGAAGCGCCAGCUGCUUCUUGAAAAACGGCCGGACCCUCUGCAGAGGGGAUUACACCAGGAUGUUUGCAGUGAAGUGUGGGGGCUGUAGGGAGGCAGUGCUUCCCACCCAUCUGGUUUUGAAGGCAGGGGGACAUGUCUAUCACCCCAAAUGCCUGCGCUGUUCACUCUGUAAUCGAUUGAUGCUGCCUGGGGAUUGCUUCACUUUGGGGUCGCAAGGACUAUGCUGCCAGGCAGAUCAUAAGAAGCCAGAGCAGAGGAGCUGUACAGGAGCCAAAUCUGAGAGAUUAAAGGAAGACGGGCAGAGGCCAGGGAAGGGUGACGUGUCGCGGGACAGGCAGCGGGGCAGGGGCGGAGGGAUGCGAGUGCGCACAGUGCUCAGCGACGCUCAGCUCAGAGCUCUCCGUUCCUGCUACUCCCAGACCCCCCGACCCGACGCGCACAUCAAGCUCCGCCUGGGCCAGCUGACUGGCCUGAGCCCGCGGGUCAUCCGGGUCUGGUUCCAGAACAAGCGCUGCAAGGACAAGAGGAACAGUCUGAGGGGUGCCAGUGCAGGAGACCUGACCUGCGCAACCCUCUUGUAUGCCACAGCCAGACCCAUGGUGGUUCGCACCCCUGAGCCACCUGACCUUGCCCUCCCGCCCGGCCCGUUUAUUUUCACACCACAUUCCCUCGCAGCCUGCCCUCUCGGCGGGAGUGUCGCCCUCUCGUCUCUGUCCGCCUCUGCCUCCGUCAACAAACAGCACCGCAGCGCACCUCAGAGCGGGCCUUUCUCCUCCUGCACCGGAGCGUGCCGCACAGCCCCCCACCACCCCACCCCCCGGGGGGACAGACACAUGUGGGGUCCGCUCGGGAGAUGGAAGGGCUGA